UCCCAGCAGUUCCCCCACUCCCUUUGCUGCUGCUGCUGCCCGGGUGUUCAGCCCCGCGGUUCCCCAGAGGACGAGGCUCCCUUUGAAGAGGAUUUGGCGCGGGGGGAGGCGGAGCGGCGGCGAAGAGCGGCGAGGAGCGGCUGAAGGAGAUGGAGGCCGAGAUGGCGCUGUUCGAGCAGGAGGUUUUGGGGGCUCCAGGCCCCGCCCCUGGGGACCCGCUGGCCCCGCCCCCCAUCCUGCAGCCAAUCAUCUCCACCAACACCUACCAGCAGGUCAGCAGCGACAUCCUUGGAGGAGCCUCAGGAUUGCUCCCUGCAGUGAUCCCUGCUCCAACCUUGCAAUAUAGAGCAAAAACAACCAGGGAAUGCUCCGUGCCUGCAGCUCUCCCGCUCUGGGCUGUGUCACCUCCACACAGCUUCUCCUGGGAAGUUCUCUGCAGCCCAGCACAGGAGGAUUCAGCUCUGCUCGCGGCCCUCUGCUCGUGGAGUCGUCGAGAAGCAGCUGCAACAAUUCCCUGAGUCCCAUUCCUGCCUUUCGGGACGUUUCCUUGCAGCUCCCUUUGUUCUGUGACAUGUUCCAGAGCGAGGCUAGAGGGAUUUGUCUCAGUUGGAAGAAACUGCAAUGUUUGUUAAAGAGGAGGAGUUAUGAGACAGACCAAACUCUCUCUCUCUCAGCAACUGUAAAUUCAAAACUUAAGGGGGCUUUAAUCGAGGAAGUGUGGAAGA